AUGGAACCCCCUGGACCACCUGAAAGGAGUCUGAGCUGGAAUGCAAUGGAGCAGAUCAGAUAUUUGAAACAGGAGUUCCCUGAAGAGUGGACUUUACAGCGGCUUGCUUCUGGAUUUAAUGUUAGUACUGAUGUCAUCAGGAGAGUACUGAAGUCAAAAUUUGUCCCAUCACAAGCUCGGAAGAUGAAGCAGGAUGCUGUUGUUUCCAGUCGCCUUGGGCAGCUCUCCUCAAAGACAAAGCAGGACCAGCUUAAGUUGAUGUCUUCUAAACAUCCAACACAACCCAUCUUAUUGGGAUGGGAAUAGUGACAGGCAGCUGCUAGUCAGUCACUCAUCAGCGCUUCUUCCUUCUCCCAAAACAUCUGACAUCUCUCAUGUAGCUGUGCAGAGAGAGGGUGCGCAGAGACACUUACAUAAUUCCCUAGUACCUCAAAGCACCCUUCACAAGGUCCAGGAGGCUACACCUUCUCUAGCUGGGACUAGUGCAAAUCCAAGCAGACAGGAAGAACCUGUGCUGAGUGUGCCUGUGGAAGAGGAGUGGAAGACACUUGAUGAGAUGUGGGAUGGGGAGAUAUUAAGUGAUCGUGAACUGGAAGAAUUAGCAAACAGUGGACUUGAAAAUAAGAUACAAGUUGUACAAAAAGGGAGAGAAUAUUUUGAUAGUGAUGGCAAUUUUCUCUACGAAUCUGA